GCAAGGUUGCGACCCCACCCACCCCUCUCGUCGCAACAGUAGAAGCACGCAAGAUGCAACACCCAUGACGCAUUCGUUGCUGUAUAUAUGACAAGGUAGUGAUCAGUCGUAGAAUACUAACCUUCCAGCUUACUCCAUCGCACUCCCAAGUCUACGUUCCACGUCCAUUCGUCAUCAUGGCCACUGCACAAGUCGUCUCUCCUAGUCCUGCAGGCCAGCCUGAUAUUGGCUAUGCACCCGACCAGGACAAGUAUCUCGCACGUGUACAGCGCCGUCUCCAACAGGAGCGUGAAGAGACCCAGAACAAGUCGCUUCCCCCUGGCUUCCCGAGAGAGCUCAAAUCAGACCUUGUCUGGGAUGGCAAGGAUCUCGAGACAAAGUACGAUUGGACGUACGAGCUGAAUGAUCAGGAAGUAGAGGAGAUUGAGGCUGCACUGCGGCACUUCAAGAGCCUAAACAAACCUUGGGGCUUCAUUGACCAGACGACGUUCCCCUUACCGAAGCUGAACCCCGUACUUCGGGACAUUUCUAGAGAAGUGCACAAUGGACACGGAUUCAAGGUCCUGAGAGGACUGCCAGUCAGUAAGCACACUCGAGAAGAGAACGUCAUCAUCUAUGCAGGUGUAUCGUCACAUAUCGCACCCAUCCGUGGCCGUCAGGACCAUCAAUAUGACGGCAAGCCAGCGGACGUCGUGCUCGCUCACAUCAAAGAUCUCAGCAAAGUCAUCGAUGCAAGCCAGAUAGGCGCGCCAGCAUACACUACCGAGAAGCAAGUCUUCCAUACCGACGUGGGAGACGUGAUAGCAUUAUUCUGUCUCCAGACUGCUGUUGAGGGGGGUCAGAGCAAGCUAUCAAGCAGUUGGCGAGUCUACAACGAGAUUGCCGCUACGCGACCAGACCUCAUUCGUACAUUGGCAGAGCCAUGGGCCGCGGAAGACUUCAACAACAAGGAGAAACCGUACAAUCUGCGGCCACUGCUCCACUACCAACCGCCCACCGAAAACAGCCCUGAGAGACUCAUCAUCCAGUACGCCCGCAGGACGUUCACAGGCUACUGGGGCCUGCCGCGAUCAGCAGAGAUUCCGCCAAUCACCGAAGCUCAAGCUGAGGCUCUGGACACGCUGCACUACCUUGCGGAGAAGCAUGCGGUGUCUCUGGACUUUCGCCAGGGCGAUAUCCAGUUUGCCAAUAAUUUGAGCAUUUUUCACGCAAGGGACGGCUUCAAGGAUACGCCUGAGCAGCAACGACAUCUGAUCCGGCUGUGGCUCAGGGAUCCAGAGUAUGCAUGGGAGACACCGGCUGCGAAUCAGCCACGAUGGGACAAGCUGUACAAGGGGGUCACGCCGGAAGCUCAGGUGUUCCCGUUGGAGCCUCGUGUCAGGAGUGCGAGUUCUGGGAAGAAGCUGGAAUGAUAUAUUCUGGUAGCUCUGGUACUCUAGCUUAUAGAAUGAACAAGUUCU